ACGCAGCUGGAAUUGUUGGGAAAAAGACGCAGAGAGAGACUCUUACAGCCUGCUUAUCAUAGCAAUGAGAGCAGUCUGCCUUCAGCUAGCCCUUUAAGAGUGGGGCAGUGGUUCUGAUGGUUCACGUGUUGCCUUGUUGGGUUCAACCCGCUGCGGCCAGUCAAUUCCCGUUAGUAUUUCAUCGGGAGGGCUGCUGUGCUUUUGUUUAUUCGUUAUGGCUUUGCCGGAAGAUGUAGUUAGUGGUAGUGAGGAACAUAAAGAUGUUCAGGAAAUAUGUUCAGCGACUACAGAAGCUCCCUUGUUCGCCUUCUUUAGCAGGAUGUCUCGACUCGGGCCUCUAAAAUACCUGUUCAGCGUGAUUUGGAGGUUGACGACAUGGGCCAGUUCCUCGGUGCCAGUGGAAGAAGUAAAAGCUGCUGACACGAAUAUGCUCGUGGGAAGGCGCUGGGUUACAGGGAAGAAACGCCUAAGCAGAUUAGCUCGCUUUGUGUUUUCUAUGACACCCUACAGACUGCAACAGAUGCUUGGCUUCCCUGUGCCCAGCAGUUUAGGCCAAGGUGAAAUUGCAGAUGAACUCAGAUCGUCACCUAAUAAACCAUAUGGCAAAGGAAGCAAAAGGAAACAAGAUGAUCUAGCUGAUGAAGAACUCUGCUGGGUUGAAUCUUUGGCCUGUGACCUACCGGAAGAUGAUGAUUCAGUGGAAGAUCCCACUUAUGAGCCCAGCAAAUACUACACUGACUCUGAAGAAGUUAGCGAGGAGCACAGGGAAUGUAAUGAUACAGAGACUGACCUGGAGGUAGAAGAGACUGGAGACCCUGGCUUAUUGAGACUGAAAGAGACUCCUCAUCAUGAGCAGAAUGAAAACGAUGUACCUUGCAUUGAUUCUAAUGAGCGUAUCAAUUCUUAAGAUUGAGAACCUGAGCAUGACUGACUUUUCUCCAUAAAUAUUUGAACUUUUGUAAUUUGAAUCAACUGUACUUUCUGUACAUUCAGUUUUGUGUAUUGAGAUUUAAUAAAAAUCAUUCAGUUUAA